AGUUUCUCUUAAAUGCCACAUGCAGUCAACGUCAUCCGUUCCAAGGUUAGCAGUAUUAAACGACAAAGCUUCUUCAAAUUUUGAGUUGAGCGGGUCGUCGCGUCUUUUCAAUCUUUCAUUUCUAUUUCUAUUCUAGUUAUUCUAGAAAAUUAGAGUCUACAGAGUAUACUAUCUAAUAACUAGGGGACCUUAUAAUAAUAAGUAGGAGGCAAAACGUAACGAAAAAGAAAUCCUUUACUUACUGGGAGGGAUCCCAUGCUCUACUCCUCCUUCCGCCACCAUGGACUACGGCAAUCCUAAUAAUAAUAACAAUCCUCCGCUACGAUCACGACAACAAACCAAGAUGGCUGCUGGUGGCGGGGGGACGAACGGCACGACAACGAUGACGACACCACCACCAUCCUACUCUUCCUCCUCGAAGCGAAACUCACCCUACCUGCCCACGCCGCUCGAGACCCUGGUGCUGCUUGUGUACCCGACGCUCCUCACGUUCGGCGCGCUGUUCUCGAUCCUCAGCCCGCAGACCCGCGGCGCCGCGUACGACGCCGCGGGCCAGUCCCACGUCGCGAGCGAGGCACCCAGCUACUUCGCCCGCAAGGACAACGUCUUCAACGUCCUCUUCGUCAAGCGCGGCUGGGCCUGGAUCACCGUCGCCUUCGCCGUCUUUAUUGCGAAGCACCCGUCGCUCCUCGGUAGUGGUAGCGGUGGUGGCGUGACGCGCGGCGCGAGGGCGGUGGUGCGCUGGGCGCUCGUCACGGGCUGGUGGGUGCUGGUCACGCAGUGGUGCUUCGGCCCCGCCAUCAUCGAUAGAGGGUUUCGGUUCACGGGCGGCAAGUGCGAGGUUGCGCGCGACGCGGUGGUGGGGGGGGUCGCUGAUACCGCGGACGUGCUCACGGCCGUCGCGUGCCGGGCCGUGGGGGGCCGCUGGAGCGGGGGCCACGACAUCAGCGGCCACGUGUUCCUGUUAGUCCUCGGCAGCUUCUUCCUGCUCCAGGAGGCCGGCUGGGUCGUCUACCGCACCGGGUUCUUCGGCGGCCGCGACGAGAGGACCAUCGUUAUGCACGAUGGCGCGGUGAAAGGAGCCGGCGUCGAGGCCGAGAGCAACGGUGUGAAUCCCGAGGAGGAGAGGACGCUGGGGUUUGGGGGCAAGUUUGUGCUCGCGAUUGUCGGGCUUUGUCUGUGGAUGUUGCUCAUGACGGCUAUUUAUUUUCAUACUUGGUUCGAGAAGUUGACCGGGCUGCUCGUAGCUUCCGUCGCCAUCUACCCGAUCUACAUCCUCCCACGGUGGAUACCGGCGUUAAGAGCGUUCGUCGGGCUACCUGGGAUAUGACACUGCGCAGUCGUGAAGAAACAAGAAGACCAGACCAGAGAUUGCUGUUCAACCGUUAGAAGAAAACCGUACACCGACUUACAUAGCACUGUACUGUACUGUACUGUACAUACCUAGAUUAAUGAACUUCGAAGUGAAAGAAGACUAGUUAUGCAUGCAUAGUUACCUACCUCCUUUCCCUUACCUAUGUAACUAUAUGCCAGCACCCAAAUCCAACAAUGCCAACAGAGCGUCCAGUUA